AUGGGCAUUGAUGCGCUGCGCCGUGUCCGCACUCUCUUGGCGGAAGUGGAGUCCAGCGCCAAGGAGCUCUUCGAAGCGGGACGACUCGAUGCUACCGCAGCCAGAGGCCGUGUGGAGAUUUUGCUGGUGCAGCUUUACAUCGGAGUUCUGAGUGCCCUUCGGGCCUAG